CAUCGCCAUGUCCGUUCGCGACCCUGCUUUCUGGCGCCGCUUCAGCGUCGCGGUGCACCAAGACGAAGAGGCCCAGCUCCGAGCCCAAGCCGGCUCCGACUCGUCCGCAAGGCCAGAACUAAAGCACUCGGAGAGCUGGCUCGAGGAACAGCGGCGCAAGAAGAGCAAGAGGACGUGCAUGUGUUGGGGGUUUUGGUUGGUGUUUGCAGCGUUGGUGGCGGGGAUCGUGGUUGCAGUGUUGUUGUUGAGGAGGAAGGGGAUGAUUUGAGGGGGGAGAGAGCGGGGAAGGGAGAGAGACUGGGGGAGGAAGAGAGACUGGGGCGUACUAUGGCGUUUUUCAGGGGAAUAAAUGGACUACUACUGAAGGGACCGGAGCUGGGGUUUUCUCCGCCGUGGGGGUGGUUAUACCCAGGUAUGGUGGGAAGGGGAAACCAUCCAUGUGAUACCAGUACUGUGCGAUAGAUUCCAGUACGCAAGAACUUUGACUCUUAAUUCCAGCACUUCUACCAUUG